AUGUGUGUGCUUGUAGCACGACGCCAAUCCGUCUGGCCAAUCACCUUCAAGGAUGACUCACACGAAAACCACCUUGUAGACGCUGUGCUGCUUGCCACACUCACACACGUCGGACCCAGCCCCCUCGCGGCCAUACGUGUACUCGUCCGCCAGUCAACUUCCUCCAACCUAUUCUCUACUACCUCUCUACAGAAUAAACUAUUCCUUCCCCCUGGCACCUCACUUCUUCUCUUCCAACACGGAGCUGGGCCUGAAGAUUGCAACGGCAAGGGUUUUGCCUAUUAA